UCCUAUCUAGGGUUCCGCCCAUUAGCAAAGGACUUUUGCGAAUGUUUCAAAACUGACGGACAUCAUGUGUUUGGCUACAGCUUUAUGAAAAGCUGUUUUAGAUUGAUAUGUUAAUCUAAUUUUAAAGCUUGCUUCUCAGUUACGUGUUUUAACUACUGCAUGUUACUUCGACACACUUAAAAGUCUUGAAAAGUAAAUACGUUUUGGUUAAAAAUGAGUAAAAGCAAAAUGAACGGUGCAGAAUCUGGAUGGACCAUUGCAAACCUCCUGAAGCUUGUUGACCGUAUUAGGAGCAACAUCCCAGAAAGUGAGAAAACGACGAGGUGUGAAAUUGGAGUGUUGUCUGUAAACUGGGAUAAAACAGCAUUCCCUCCCUAUUCUGCUAAGGAAUGCCACGACCAGUGGCAAAAGAUGAUGGAAAAGAUGCGCAUAUUUCGGAGCCUGUCGGAAGUCAUUGCAGAAGCUGAAGAGGCCAUUUCCAAGCCUCCCCGUCACAAGAAAAAGGACGGAUAUAAAAAGAAGCACGCCCGUGGACGUGUGGAGCGCAAGAGAAAGUCAGACAACCUUUGUAAAGACAACAAUCUACCCUGUCCUCGAGAAUCUAAAAGGGCAAGACUCUCUGCAGUUGUUGAUGCAGACCUGCCUACGAAGCCACCUCGAAAUGGUCUGUUUCUGUUCAUGAAGGAGAGUGCUGCAGAAAACAGACCUUCAUUAGGUUCGGACUUGCACAAUGAUAUGAGGAAACGCUGGAGAGAACUGAAUGAACCAGAGAAGGAUGAGUAUUGCUCACGCUGUCUAAAGAUGAAGCAUGAGUAUAAUGCCAAGCUAAAGGAAUCUUUGGAUCAACAAACCAUUAAAGAACAAGAUAUCGGAUUUGUGAAGGCAAAGCCUUUGAGGACGUCACCCCGUGAGCCCAAGAUGCCCAGCCAAACUGUAUUGACAUACUUUGCCAAAGAUCAGAAGAUGUCUUCAGCCAAAUCUAUGAAACUUUGGGACAAGCUUCCUGCAAAGGAGAAGGAACGUUACAAAGAACAGAUGCAUUCAAACAUGAAACAAUACUCAGAAAACCUGCAAAAGUGGUUCAAGAAUCUGACCACAGAAGAACAAACGGAGUAUUUGAAACAAAAUCCCAGUAAAUUGCAGUUCCUCGAUCCCAAACAAAAACAGGUGCACAACAGAGAAGAGCUACAUCCGAGUCAACCUUCAGACUCGGAGGACGAAGACAUCACGGACAACAGCAGUGAAGAUGAUAUUUGGAUCAGUUAUGAGGAUGAGAGUGGAGAGGACUGGGACAUGUUUGAGAUGCAUCGCUGAUUGACAGAAUCAGAACCUUCAUACACUGCUAUAGGGAAACUUUUAUGAACACUUUAUCAACUGAGCUGAAAAAAUGCUGCCUGUAAAGUUACAUCAUUGUGUGGCAGAGAUAUUCUCAAUAAUGUUUACUUGUCGUUAUUAUAGCUACAAUAUGAAAAUAUUCUUGAUGUAGUGAGUUCCUGGGAGUAAGAAGAAAAAUUACAGUAGGACAGAAAGGGUCAUUUCCUCGUUCACGCCGCGAUAAUUUUACAUUUUUCAAGUGCUUAUUUUAGUUCAUUCGCCUCUUGGUUAAAAUGAUGUAAACUGUUUUAAAUUCAUAUUCAUAGAGGGGAAUUGGGAAUGUAAUUUAGGUUAAUUUUAUCACUUUGUAUAUGUCAUGUCAGGGAUGAUAUAAUAAUUAAAGAAAAACUAAAACAUGAAUUUGGGAUUUGUAGGUUUUUUAAAUGAAAAAUAUAGAACAGAUAUAAGUAAUUUUGGUGACAAAUUAUAUAUUUUAAAGACCAAUUAAGUGUUCUUGUUUAAGAGGUGUGGAAGUUUUCUUAAAAAAAAAAAAAAAAAACAGAACUGUUAAGAGUAAAAAAAAUAGAGGUACAUUAUCUUGCAGAUUAUACAAUAAUACAACUCAUAUUUGUGUUUUGGAAUUUAGAUGCGACUUUCAAAAUUUGCUGCCUGUAAUUACAAUAAGUGUGACUUCAGA